AGAGCUGACAAGAGCCUCCAAAUAUCUGAAGAAAUCCACCUGCCCAGACAAUCAACAUCCGUCACUGAAGCUAAAGAGAACACAUUGAAGAUAUUGUAGUGCUCUUCGGUGGCCCCACACCAAUGAGACAGAAGACCUAUCGACUCUAACCUUCAAAGGAUUUAAUAACUAAAUCGUUUUAACUUCCCCCCCCACCCCUAAAAUGAAGGCAUUCAGCAUUGCAGUUGCAGUGACACUCGUGCUCGCCUUUAUUUGCAUGCUGGAGAGCUCUGCCGUCCCAUUCACCGGGGUGCAAGAGCUGGAGGAGGCAGGGAGCAAUGACACUCCAGUUGCGGCAUAUCAAGAAAUGUCAAUGGAAUCGAAGAUGAUGCCGGAUCACAUCAGGCAGAAGCGCCAGAGCCACAUCUCCAUGUGUCGCUGGUGCUGCAACUGCUGCAGAGCCUACAAGGGCUGCGGCUUCUGCUGCAAGUUCUGAGGACUCCCGCAACAACCACGCAAUAUUAAUUUAUAACGUUUUUUUUUGUCUUACCCGAAAAAAAAAAAAAAUCACCUUUUCUUGGCCUCUUUCUCCAAUGCAUUGCCUGUGCUACACUGCUUUAUAUCAUGUUAAAGGUGGUGUAUGAUUCAUGGGAAUGUAUCUUUGUAUUUAUUUUAUAUGUUUAAAUACUUUUACCCUGUAAGUCUUUUUGUAAGGUCAAUGAUAUGUACAUUUUGUUUCCAAAACAUAAUCCAGAUGUGAAUGUUUCUUCAUUGAAAUUGAGUCCAACAAGUUAAAAGCUAGUGUUGAAUAAAUGAUGAACAU